UGUACCUUGUAGCACUGUUUUGCUGUGACUCUUGGCGGAACUGUGAAAUCUGUGAUUGGCUGUCGUGGGAACACAAAUCUUGUGCUUUCUGUGGGAAAAGUUGUAGUUUGCUGAUGCAGCAGUGCAAGGGAGCAUUCGAGGCCGACAUCAUCAUGAAGGGGAUGAUAAAGUGGUGUUACGACAAGAAAGGAUCUAUGGGGAUCAGAUAUCCCAGCUAUUUCAAGGACGAAGAGACUGGCGGGGCUACAUUGGGAAUCAUCGUUGCAUUGCUAACGGCGACGGAAGCAUGUGUCAUGGAGUGGACCUCUGGAACGAGGGUGUUCAUGAAAUUCAACAAGGAGCAAUACGCAGCCGUUUUCCAGGCGCAUUAUGACCUAUUGGUCCGCUUUCACGAAGGCACCAAGCACGCGGGCGUUGUCGCGAGAAUCUGUAAAAGGCUUUUGAAGCAUGCCCGUCGUCAUGCUAGCAUUCCCGAUGAUCCCAUUGCCCUAGGUCCCAUUGAACAUUUCACGAUGGACGAAUUCACAGCGGCGGCUGCAGAGUGGGAAUAUCGCGAGUCAGAAUCGGAGGACGAUGGAGUGUAGUUGUAUCUAUCGUGUUGAGGUACCAAUGUACCAUUGCAAUGAAUUUUUUUUAUUUUGAA